GUCUUUGGUUAUCUGUGAUUCUGACGUUUUUUGGAAAAAAAAGUUGGAUUGUGCAUGGCUCAAAAAAAUGGCGAUUGUUAAAUUUCUGUUCAGGUUUUAAAAGCACAAUCUUCAGGCACAUAUUUAAAACAUUAAAUAUUUGUUAUUGUGUAACUGUGAAUAAAACCUAGAAUGGCCGAUGCUUUGGUAGAGCGGAGGCCGACUGUUCGGUUCUUCUGCCACAGGUGUAACAUUGAAUUUGAAGAUGUUUUGCAGGAUUAUACAUGCCCAUAUUGUGCAAGUGGGUUUAUUGAGCAACUGGAAAAUGAAACGGAAGGACUUGUCCUCUCUGGGGAUGACUUUAGUGAUGCCGACAUGAGCAACUUAGAUGAUAUGAGUAACUUGGAUGAUAUGAGCAACUUUGAUGAUUCAGAUGAUGUGCACCAAAGCACACCACCAAUGUUAAAUGACUUGGCCUUUCUGAUGUCAGUGGGACGGGUCAGAGGGGCGUCCGCGGGUAGACGCGAGACAUUCAUGGAGCAGCUGGUGUGGAUGAUCGGGGGCGGGCGGCCCGGCACCGGCGCCGUCACUGCCGGCGCGCCCUUCGUGCUGGUCGGGGCGCCGGGGGACUACGUGUUUGGUGGGGAGGGUCUGGACGCAGUAGUGACGCAGCUCCUAGGCCAACUGGAAAACUCGGGGCCUCCGCCCUUACCGCGUGAGCAGAUCGCAGCCCUGCCCAGCGAGACCAUCACACCGACCCACGCCUCCGCCCACGCCGCCUGCUCCGUCUGCUGGGAGGACUUCCAGCUGGGCGAAACGGUAUCACGGCUGGAGUGCGAACACGUGUUCCACGCGGCGUGCAUCGCGCCCUGGCUCCAGCUGCACGCCACCUGUCCAGUGUGCCGGCGCUCGCUGCUGCCCUGUGUGGCGCCCGCGCCCGCGCCCGCGCCCGCGCAACCCGCGCCGCCCGGAGAGCCAGCGACGGCGACGGCGACGGCGACGGCGACGGCUACAGCGACAGCAACGGCGGGCCAAUCCGGGGGCUCUUCGGGCGAAUCGACCGGUUCCUCCUCAACCAAUGAAUGGGCGUCUUCUUCCUCCACGUCGCUGAGCUCCGACCGCGACCGCUACAACAUGGACAUCGACUACGACUAGGCUACGACGCCCACCACUGCUACGAAAACAGUGCGCUCGACGAUAUUACUGUUAAAAUAAUAAAACAAAAAACGCAAACUAAAUUUUCGAUUUCCGUCGUCGUGACCGUCGAGUUUGGUUCUAGAGUUUACAUAUAGUAUAUGAACGUUGUUUUAUGAUGUAGAAUGAAACGCUGGGUAUUUUAGUGUUUCUGUGAUAUGGUUGCGUCGUGAAACGAUGCUAAAAUGUUCAGUAGCGUCGGGGGCAGAUCGAGUUCGUAAAGUGUGCAGUAUUCGAAGAGUCGCUUGUAAAUAUUAAUACAGAUAUAAUUGCGCAGUGAGCGAGCGAGAAACAUUUUCGAUAGUGCCUGUGACUGUCGUUCGAAGUCGCGCCUCGCGUAUUCGUCUGAAUAAACGAUUGAAUUUCUUUUUUGUGUAAAUUUUGUAAAUAUUAAUCGUACUUUUAGGUGUCCGUUUGCUGAUGAUACGCCAUGCCACGUUACAGCCAGCGUACUGCUACAAUGUUUCAUGAGGAUAAAUUACAUUGUAAAAUUAUUUUAUAGUUUUGUUGAUAAUUUCACAUAAAUUUGUCUUUUUAGUUUAGAGCACACAUAUUUAGGUAUAAACUCCGGCCAACUUCUUGAGCAACGACCAUUGACAAGGAAUCAUGCGCACUAGCAAUUUUACAUACAAAAAGUGUACUGCGCAAGUUAACUUGGCUACGGUUUUGCUCAAGAAGUUUGCCGCUACCUAUACAUGCAUUUUAAACAAUGUGAAGUUAUUAACAAUGUCUUUUUUUUAUGCAACUAAUUUCGUUUCGUAAGUCUGUGUUCACUUUUCGCCAUAUAAGUACCCAUUACUAUGAAAAUGCUAUAUGUAUGGUGAAAGGUGUGGACUUACUUAAUAGGGGUGAUGACAGGGUAAAUUAAACAGAAUUCUAUUAAGUCUGUCAGUUACAUUAUCAAGAAAUAAUGGAUACAUAUUUUUCUUUUGUCAAUCAAACAAAAAAUUACAUAGAUAAAGCGCGUCAAAGUUUGGGAGUGGGGGGCUCGUGACGUCACUUUAAAGUAGAAAUUGUACCAGUACGUGACCGCAUUUUCAAAUCUAUAUACCUCUGUCAGGUUUUGAUUAUGCGAAUAAAGAAAAAAAUCGUGUCCAAUACUUUUUGAUAAUCUAUCUACCUGAUCGACAAAGAAAAAAAGUUGGUCAUCGUCCCUAUACAUUUGGUUAAUUAAGUAAACGUGAACCCUAUCAGAAAUACGUUUGUUAUGCUGUAUAGUGAGUGACAUUUAGGAAUUUAAUUGUUUGUACAGUGAGAGUUUUGAGGUGUUUCAAUAUAUUUCUCGAAAAUCUUGGGACAAAUUUAGACAGUGAAGUUAACGCUUCAAUGAAUGUUUGAAUGACGUGUUUAGGCAUAUUACAAUAUUUUAUUAGUAUUUCACUACUUCUGAUAACUUAUUUAGUCGUAUUCUUAUUUCUUUUUAUCUAGUGUAAAACAUUAAUUUUAAUCAAAUCAAACUGUGGAAUACUAAAAGUAUCCAGUCAUCUAUGUUAUUAUAAAUGAAAUGAAAUAAAAUGGCUUUAUAUUUUCAAUUAUACAAUUAUUUAAUAAAUUUAUUAGUAAUCGUAGGCAAUGCAACUGUUAUUUUGUUUGGGCAAAUACUUCAUCCUUAGUGUGUUAUAAUAUAAAACGCAAUGAUUUCAAUUAGGAAUUUUAAUUCGAGAUGCCAUCGUGUACAAUGCACUUUAUACAAGCAGACAUCAUUGAAAAAAUAGUACAUACAAACGCAAAUAUAGGCAAAAAAUCAUUUGUCAUGUUUGUUUUGACGUGAAUUUGAUGAACAUGUUUCUCGUUAUCUCGUCGGGAAUUCAAGCGAAAUAUUUCAGUAACAACGUCCUCUUUUGGGAGCUCAUCUCGUAAAUCUUUUGGUUCAACUCGCACUGGCGCGUUCUUAGAGUCGAAGCGACGCGACGAGUCAUGUGUUUCGCCUGAAGCAAAUUCACCUCUAUUUUCUCACUAUUUAGGUAUUUCCACAUGAUCGACGUGUGUCGACACGCGGCCUCUUAAUACUAGUACUCCAAGCACGAACUCAGACAGAUCCGUAAUCGUAUCGCAUCGUCAAAGUUUCUAUGGAAACUAAGCAGCGCUCCUGUCAGACGGAAGAACAAACUGGGUGUCUACUCUCUCUCCGAAACGAACUUUCGAUAACGAAGUUCAAACGAAAUUUAAUUUCAUCAAAUUAAGAUACUUAAUUUUAACGAUAGCUAUCAAAUUGAAGCUUUUUUUACGUAGGCUAACAAAAUCCUCACCUCAAUCUAUAUUACGACGAAUAUUAUUAUUAAUAAAAACGAUCCAGAAACAUAGUCAGAAAAUCUGCGAAGUUUCGAUCGGAAAUUCGUUUUAGGGUAAAUUAGAGUAGGCCUCCUGGCUCCUUCCGUAAAAAAAUUACGAUGGCUAUACGAUUACGGAUCUGACAAAAUUUUGUUUGGGUUUCAUGGUUUUCGCCUGUAGCAAACUUCAUCUCUAUUUACCCACUGUUCUGAGUCAACUUUCUCAGGUUAGGUGAAUUAAGUUCUAAAUUAAAGGCGCGGUCCGCCGGCUACCAAGUAUUCCCGAGGCGAAAAACAUGACGCGUCGCGUCGCUCCGACUCUGCGCUAGUGUGAGUUGAGCCUUAGUACGUAAGUAUGAUAGUGUUAUCGUUGUGAAAAUCCGUUUGGUGACCGCAAAAAAUGUUUGGUUCUCCUCACGAUGACGUCAUAGACCGAACGGCUGAUAGCUGACCAAAAUGCAGUGACAUUUCGACACUGUACAACCCGCGAUAGCAUCAAAGCGUCUUGUUAUAAAUAUAAGCUAAUCGAACUAUUUUAACAAACUGCAAUUAAGGAUUUAUUUACUUUCAGUCUGAUGAAAUUAUCAUUAUUUAAAUAGGAUGCGUAAUACAACUCUUUUGAAACGUCGCAAUUCUUUGCUAUUUACCACCCGCUAAGGACAUAACUUUAUUAUUAAUAAUAAUCUAGCCUUAUAAAGCAUAGAAUUGAAGAAAAAGCGGCAAACAUCUUGAGCAUAACCACAGGCAAAUAAACUUGCGCAGUAGACGUUUUUGCAUGAAAAAUUGCUACUGCGCAGGCUUCCUUGUCUAUUGUCGUUGUUCAAGAAGUUUGCUGGGUUGUAUACCCAACAUAAUAUUACGUUCCUGUAUAUUCCAGAUAAGCGGGUACUCAUAAAUGGGAUGAUUCUGCAAUCCCUGAAGCUCAAUGACAGUGGUUUCUGCAUUCUGUCUGCCAUUGGCCGGUCAUAGAAUGAGUAACCAAAAUUUAUUAUAACUUGUAUCAUUUAAGAAAGGAAUCGAAAAUGCCGUCUUAGUAUAGCAUGUACAAGAGGGACAGAAUGUCUUUCGUCGUCAUUUGCGUUUCUUUCUUUAAUGACAGGAGUUAUCAUGGUCUUAGCAGAGAUAUCAACUCUGAAAGGGAUCGGCACCGUAUCAACUAGAGCCGUUCAGUAUUCUUUGUAUGGAACUCCCUACGCGUUGUACACUAAUCGGAGUCUUAACGUCGCCUAGCCUUGGGAUGAGCUCCCAAACAUACGUGGUCAACUUUCCGUACCAUAACUUCUUGAUUAUUUACUCUCUAGAUAGAGCGUCACCUUGUAAACACUGCGUGUUACGCACACAAGUAUAUAAAAGCUAGCCUGUUUUUAUCGCAAACUAAAAUACGCGAAUCUUACGUAUCGUACAGUCGCGAAAUGUAGAUCUAUUUGUACCCGUGUGUAUGCGUAAGGUUAGUUUUAAUACAAGAUUAGGCCACAUUCCCCAAAUAAGGGGUAAACUUAAUCAAAUCAAAAUUUGUAUAAACAACUGUAAAACCUAAAUGUUUAUACUUGGAUAUAACUAUGGGUAUUUGAAAGUGUUAGAAUUUUUUGAAAAUCCGUAGUUUUCGAGAUAAUUAAAGUUACACAUCGCUAUAAAAAAAUACUUUUUUCCAUGGCUCCCCCCUGCAAUGGGUAAAUGUAAAUCUUGUAAUAAUACACUGGCAACACUUAGAAAAUGUGAAGAUGGAGUCGUAAUUUUUUUAACUAAUAUAAUGAUUUACUUUUUUUAUCUAAAGUCAAUAUUGAGUUACCUUCCAAUGGUAGGUGACUUUGUUGGUUGUUUUUGUGUUUUAAUAAUUUUGGCAAAGUUUUAUCGCGCAACUUUGCAUUUUAAAACAAUAAUUUCAACACGAAACUCAGUAAGUGACGUGCGUAUCGCGCAGCGUUGCAUUAAACACUAACCCCCUUAUUAAUAAACAAGGAAUAAGCUUAGACUAGUUACGCCGUGAUUUGUUCAUGCAAUCAAAUAUCAUUUGCCAUUCAAUAGACGGACAAAACAUGGAAUAACUAAUCCAAGCGUAGUCCUCGUUUAUUAAUAAGGGGGUAAGUGAAGGGAAACGACUCCAACAGUCUCCACUAUAGUAGGAGAGCUACUGAACCCUCCGCGUAACGGCCUGUCUGUAAGGCUAGAAAUUCUCAUGGUGAUGAGUCAUAGCAUGCUUAGUACGGUAAGCAUCGCCUUGAACUCCUCAACCUGCAAGGUCAUCAAGCCGUAUAUUUUUGAAAGUGUCAAAAAAUAACUUGUAGCUGUAAGCUUGAAUUUUUUAUACAAUUUAGUUUAUUCAUUUUUAAGUUUAAAAAAAUUGCCAGGCGUUUACGAUGAGCACAAGUACCCGCCGGGCGAACCGGAAGGUGUGUAAUAUACAGGGCGUCCCAUGGCUACCUCACACGGAGGGAAAGUAUAUUAAAUAUUGAAGAUAGGACAUUUUACUGAAAGAAGACAUCAUUUUAUUUUUAAUAAUAACUAGAACUACAUUAACAGAUUUUUUAAAAAUCGUCUGCUGCAACUGGGAAUCAAACUCGUGAAAUUUCGAAAAAAAUAACACGGCAUAUUUUAUUAUAACUAUCGAAAGGGUUAAUCAUAAGGAUUAUUUUUUGCUAAAUAACAUAGCAUUUUAAAUGAAAGGAAUGUGAAUUACGUGAUAAAAAUAAUAAAGUGAUUUACAAACUGUUGUACGUAUGCAUUUCUUUUUGAACUCACAGUUACAAUGCGACUGGCAAAAAUUUGUAAUAAUAAUAAUUCGAUAAUGGAACACAUAAAUUUUCAAGUGUCUGUUCUUUUCUUUUUUGUGAGAUUCAUUUAUUUGCAAUUUUUGUUAGUUUAUUUACCAUGGCUUAUUAAAAUCUUUCUGUAUCUCUUUCUUUCUUUCAUUACCUAUUUAAACACAUAUCGAGAAGGUUUGUCUCUAUCAGGAUAUCUUUUGCUGUACCACCGCUAAGCUAAUGAUACGUCUUUGUGGUGCAUAAAGUAAGCUUACAUUAAAUCUAUUUUAUUUUGAUGCGCCAUGGUAAGUAAAUAAACAAAAAAUUGCAAAUAAACGAAAAUGAAACUCACGAAAAAUAAAAGAACACAGGCUUGAAAAUUUAUAUGGUCCAUUUUCGAAUUAUUAUUACAAAUUUCAGCCAAUCACAUUGUAACUGAAUUAAAAAAAAAUGCAUACGUACUACAAAUUUGUAUAUCACUUGAUGAUAUUUAUCACGUAAUAAGACAUUCCUUUCAUUUAAAAUGCUGUGUUAUUUAGCAAAACAUAAUCCUUGUGAUUAACCCUUUCGAUGGUUAUCAUAAAAUAUGUCGUGUUUUUUUUUCCAAAUUUCACGAGUUUCAUUCCCAGUUGUAGCAGGCGUUUUUAAAAAAAACAGUGAAUGCAGUUCAAGAUAUUAUUAAAAAUAAAAUGAUGUCUUCUUUUAGUAAAAUAUCCUAUCUUCAAUAUUUAAUGUACUUUCCCUCCGUGUGAGAUAGCCGUGGGGAGCCGUAGGUAGAAAGCCAGGCGAUUCUGGCUAGCACAAGUCCUUGCCAGGCCAGGGGAACGAUGCUGCGGCAGUGCGAGUAAGAGUCGUAGUCGCAGACCGUUACUCGGAGGGUUCAGUAGCUCUUGGUCUACUAGCGCUGCCACGUUCACCUAGAGAGUAAAUAAUCAUAGCCUAGCUUCUACGUGUCUCCCUAGCCUAGAUAACGUCUUCGUUCACACUCCUCCCGCGGCCUGCGUUGCCGAACGUGCUGUCCAUAGAGAAAGUAAGAAGUGUUUACUGGAGCAGCUUAUCCGCUUACAUUACAUGCUUACGUUAGUUAGAUGCCCUUUUGACGGCAAGCAGAAAGGAGAGUCGGUAUCGAUUUCUUUAAGAGUUGAUAUGUGUGCUAUGUAGCUUAGUCUUUGGUCCCGGUUGCUUCUCCCAUCUUUAGCACCCACCAAUUUGUACUGUGUCAGCGUAGUGUUUAUGUCUCAUUCUCCUUAAUCCUUCCAUAACCAAUCCAGUCGCAGUCUAACCCUGCGGUGGUGAGCUAAUAGUUUUCGGUGUCACUAUGGAUUUUUGUACGGAAACUUCACUGCAAUGCAAGUCAAAUAAGACGGCAGGUGAAAAGUUUAUGCUACAGCAGUGCAGAUUGAAAUAAACUAAUAAUUAUGAUAUUUAGCCUUUUAUAAAUUAUUUUAGCACGAGAAUAAAAUAUAAUUUAUAGAGCUUGUACCAAAAAGUACCUACCUACCUAUCUAUAACAACAACAGAAAACCGGAAUCUAUCAAAAACGUUUGGAAAGGUGGAAUGUGUAAACACCUUACAACUAAAUGCACGGCAAUCGCAAUUACACCGCUUAUUUGGGAUAGCAUUCUGCUUGAAACUGCGCGACAAUGUCUGUUAAAGUUAAAGUUGUUCUGUGCCGGUACUCAAUGUUUAGUUUCGGUUAAUGUGUUAGUCAUCAUCGCCCAUCCUUCUUUAUCAUGCGUAUGCGCAGCACUAACGUUCAAGCGGCUUGACGGUAUUAUAGUCGGCAGAUGCAAAAUCAAUUCUUUCGUCAAAUGGCUUGUCCUUUUGAAAUUUCUCCCCACACACGGUCAGUUUGGCUUGAUAAUAAAGGCUUGUAUUUGGUCAAGCCGCUUGAUCAAGCGGUGUCAAAGUGAGUGGCCACCAUUAGUUUUUAAUGCUGUAAAGUAGGAGUAAGACACGAUUGACGAUACAUCGGUUUUAAAAGUACAGCCCCUGAGCUCGAAUCUCGGAAGAAUCGUUGCGAAGCGAGGCUCAAGGCUGAGUUGCGAACCACGUACCUAUACAUGCUGGUUUUUUCGCCUUUUUGCAUGCUAUUGAUGAGGUUACUGCCUGAUAAUGAGUACCCGACUUUAAAGUCAAAAGUUUACAGCUUAGUGAUACUAUGAAAAUAAAGUAUAUAAGUAGCCAAUAAGGUGGCGCGUACCACAUUAUUUUUUAUUCAUCACAAAGAUGGAAUUUGAAUAUCUUCGCGAUAUUUCUGCAUUGUAAAUUGUUGUAGUGUGUAUAUAUAGUAUAAUAGGUUUAUUUAACCCAUAUUAAUAUGAUGUUAUAGAAAUGUGUUGCGACUUGUGAAGGGGCCUAGAAUACCUAUGCGUAAGUGUGUGUGUGCAUAAGUUAUAGUAUAAUUAAUUAUUACGCUAAUAUUAGUACACUUCCAAAGUAAAUUAUUAUAGUACAUUUUUUUAUUGUAUUUUAACAACUCGCACAUGUUUUUGAUCAAAAUUCACACAAGUUGACGUUACUAAAAUGUUUGUUGCGAAUAAAGAUUGAUAAGAAGUUCCAAGUUCCAUGUAAGUAUAUAAUAGGUAUAGCAAAAGAUAUAAAAAUAUUUUUUUAAUGCUUACCUACCGUUAGAAAAUUAGAAUCUAGACGCUUUUAUAACUGUAGAAAAUGUUAGUGAAUGUGAGGGGUCCACGUUAAGGCGUGCUUAAGAAUAAAUUAAAAAAAAUUGGUCAUUACAGAGCGAUGAGUGCAAGCUUUCAACUUAUUCGAUCGCGUUUGCGUAAAAAAUAAUUAAUUGUAUGGCAUCCGCAAAACGCCACCUGGCGGAGAAAGCGGCGCGCUAUGAUUGCACCAUGACGAAGAAAUGACAGAGUUUUUAGCGAAAAAAAUGCGAAAUUCGGCUAAUUACAAAUAAAGUUAUUUGCUAAUUGUAUAAAUAUGUUGAGAUUGCGAAAUAAAUCGGUGCAGUUGUGGGUUCAAUUUGGCGGCAAACCAUACUCUUAAGGCCAGUGGCGGCGCUAGACCACAUGUGGACGUCGGCGACAUCAAGUCCGCGAGGCCUAUUUUAAUUCGCAGUAAAAAACCGUUAAAUUAAGUGAGCCAAAUUAUAAAAUAACUUAUGAGUAAAGGAGUUUUAUUGUUGAUAAUCAAAUGAUGACAGGAAAUAAUAACAAACAGAAAGUUAAUUACAAAAAUAGUGUUGCCAGACAGACGAUUCUGAAUACCCGUAAAGUACUACUCGCUUCCAUCACGCACGUGUUCGAAAAUAAUAAAAGUCAUUAUCAUCUGCUUAGCUUUUUACACGAAUUGUUCGGGGUCGGCUACCUAAGCCAGGCCAGAGAAACGAAAAUAAAUAGGUAACUUGUAAAAAUUUUUUGCGAGGCGUCGACGGUGGCCGACGUCGCCGACGCCUAGCGCCGCCACUGCUUAAGGCCCCCGAGACGGUCAAACUGUUUGACAAACCGUGUGCAAACUAGCUUUGUAAGCGAGCAAAAUUUGAGUCAAACCAAAAAUUACGCGUUUGGUUUGAAUCAAAUCGUUUGAUCGCCUCAGGGGGCCUUUAUGGUUAAAUUAUUUAUUUAAUAUGCUUGAAUUGCGCAUUUAUGAAUUUAUACGUAGACGUGAUCGAGAGAAGCGCACCCUAGGCACAAAGAAUACCAGUGAGUAUUUUCUUUACAAAACUACCAACAAAAAUACAAUAUAAUAAGCAUUAUGUAAUCCAACCAAAUACAGCGUUGAUUAUAAUUUUUGUUUUGAUGUACGUUUUUAGCAACGGAUUUCAAGAUCUUUUACUAAGAUUGAGAGUUGUUUAAAUUCUGCGAUACACACAACGAUUUCAAAUGAAGGUUGCAUUGGAAAUCAUAAUUUUAAAUGUUUUUCAAAGGAACAAAUGUUUGAGCGUACAUAAAACGCAAAACUGACACAAUUCAAUAAAAAAGACUUCAAGUUAACUUAAAGAAUUAACUGUUAAAAUAAUCAUUUCAUUGAUUCUAACUCUAAACUAAUGUGACUUUUAUUUAAUGCUGCUUUGUUUAACUUCUUAUAACUAUUUUUCUUUUUUAAAUAAGUUUUUUAAUUGUUGUCUUUUGUGUGUGAUUUUAAUGUAUGAAUGGAGGUACUUUAGACGAGUGGUGGCGAAAAGCAGGGGCGGAUUCAGGCAGACAUGAUUAUUGAACAGUCUCUGAAUAGGUACAUGUAAAUUCUCUUCUAAAAACACAUUCUCUUGAAUGUCUGCUAUGUUUGUGGUAAAUUAAUAUUGGGGUGGCAUGAAGUGCGAUGAGUGUUUUUUUUUUUAAUUUGCUCAAAAGUGCAAACCGUGAUGAAAUCACUAACUUUCAAAAUAUAGGUAGCAACAAGUAUCGUGGUUUUAUCUCUCACACCUACCCUGUAUUGUUUAAAUUUAAUUGAGAUGGUUUGUAUAUCACCUUUAUUCAAUAGCUGAAAUUAACGAUGCGACAACCAAGUAACUAGUCGUGUGAUUUCUUUACAAUGUGUUUUUAUGUCUAUCUAUAUCUUGGUAAAAGAAGUCUUCUUCCAUGGUUCUUACCAUGGCUAUGUUCGCCUGUUGGAAGAAUCGCGAUUUACAAGAAAGGAAAACGUUUACUGUGUUUAUAGAAAAAAACUAUUUGUAUAAACGUGUGGGCGAUUGUGUAGAUUAUGAUUUCAUUUAAAAAAAAUACGACUAAAUAAAGUUUUUGCAGGAACAUUCCUGUGUUAAGUUUGUAAAAUUUAUCUUUGAAAAAAAAAACUAUUUUUCUUUUUGUGUCUAAUACCUAAAUCUUUUCACUACGAUCACUCUAGUAUAGUUAUUCAGCAAAAACUUUGGUCAUCGAUAAUAAAAGUAUAAGUACUCUAUGUAACAUUGUAUGAUAGAAAUGUUAUUAAUUAAUCUACUUAGAGGUACCUUUAAAAGUUUGGUUCAAAGAGAAUUAUAUACUUUAUCAUAAAGAAA